AUGCAUAAGUUACCUGAGCACAUGUUUGCCAGCUACGGCACACUUUCGUCCAGCUUUGUUCGCGCCUUGAAAAGAUGGAAACGUCAAACAAUAUCUUUUCUGGAUCUGCCUGGCGAGAUUCGCAACAAAAUAUAUAGUCUUCUAAUCCCCAAUACGGACGGGUAUUACACCGAACUUUGGGAUCUGAGUGGACGAGAAGCCAUGGUAUUGCCGCCUGUGGUUCUCAUGCUCACCUGCAGGCAAGUCCAAAGAGAGCUUACACCUUUGUACCUUCGGACCAUCAACCUGCGAUUUUACAACAGAGACUACGACAAUAUGAAAAAAUUUGGCGAGCCCAUCAACGAAUAUCAUCUCAGAACAAUGACGAUGUACGAAAGACUGGACCCAUCCGUCGCAGACUAUCUCCACAGCAUAAGACUAACGUCGACUGCUGUGCAUUGUGAUAUCCGAGUCACAGAUUCGAAAGUCGUGCAUGUCCAACUCUGCACCUUCGGCGGCUGGAUCAAAUCAAGUGCUCUGACAUAUAUGAGCAUCGCGGUCAGAAACAAGAUCAUUGACAGCCUUGCCAGUUCUUCCACUGGUCUCCUGGGCGUUAGACAUCUUGUUAUCGCUGUCAAGGAACUCGGACAGCUACAAGAGUGGUGUGAAUGGCGGAAACAGAAAGCAGAUUUGACAAUGACCGAAUGUGGAGAGUUACCAUGGCAGUGUUGGCCAGGUGACGAUUUCUGGUGCUACGAGUAUCAUGCAGACCAUCUUCGGCGAGAGGCAGAGGCAGAGAGUCUGCCCCGUUUGAUUCCAGCCGUAAGCUUCGAGAGACCCGGACAGAUCUGGCAGCGGCUCUUGUGGAAAAACGACGAGGAAAGAUGGCGUCAGAGGAAACGAAUGGAAGCAGACGGGGCCUUGUCGGCUCAACCAUGGUGGCUCUUUGAGGAGCAUCUCGUUGAAGAGGCUGAGCAAGAAGGCAUGCCCAGAUUGAUCCGGGCUGCGACUCCACCGCCGGAUGAGCUUUAG